CAUGUGGCGGUCAUGGAUUGUCACACCUUGUUGUACAGAUCAGUCAGCACUCAGUCACACUCACACUCUCUAGAUCUUCUUCUUCGAUUCCAAUAAAACUCUCUCUUUUUUCUUCUCUCUCUCAAGGCUCCAUACUCAUCAUCAAUGGCGCUCUCUGUAAGACUACACAGUCUUCUGUCCUCCAACUUUAAACCCAAUCAACAGUCAUUUUCAUCGUCUUCAUCAUUCUUGUAUGCUUCUCUACAUACUCCUAUCCAAUCAUCCUUCCCACCUCUGCUCACUGCUUCACCACAACUCCAUUUCAGAACCUUACACGCUUUGCCCAUCAAAGCCUCCUCCUCAUCCCCUUCUUCUUCUUCUUCUUCUUCUUCUCCUGCUACCGUUGCAGGCACAGAGGGCAUCAAGAUUAAUUCGAUUCCAACUAAGCCAAUUGAAGGCCAGAAAACUGGAACUAGCGGUCUCCGAAAGAAAGUGAAAGUUUUUAUACAAGAAAAUUACCUGGGAAAUUGGAUCCAGGCAUUAUUUAAUUCGUUGCCUCCAGCGGAUUACGAAAAUGGAGUGUUGGUGUUGGGUGGUGAUGGCCGAUAUUUUAACCGUGAAGCGGCACAGAUCAUUAUCAAAAUUGCUGCAGGGAACGGUGUUGGAAAAAUUUUGGUAGGCAAGGAAGGAAUUUUGUCAACACCAGCUGUCUCUGCUGUAAUCCGGAAGAGGAAGGCCAAUGGUGGCUUUAUAAUGAGUGCAAGCCACAAUCCUGGUGGGCCUGAUUAUGAUUGGGGUAUUAAGUUUAAUUACAGCAGUGGUCAACCUGCACCUGAAUCUAUAACCGACAAAAUUUAUGGAAACACUCUUUCUAUCUCUGAGAUAAAGAUUGCAGACAUUGCUGAUGUCGAUCUAUCUCGUCUUGGAGUUACAAAGUUUGGAAAUUUCAGUGUUGAAGUAAUAGACCCAGUUUCUGAUUACUUGGAGCUAUUGGAGAGUGUAUUUGAUUUCCAGCUUAUCAAAAGUCUCGUGUCAAGAUCUGAUUUUAGGUUUAUAUUUGAUGCCAUGCAUGCUGUUACCGGUGCAUAUGCAAAACCCAUCUUUGUUGAUAAGCUGGGAGGCAAUCCGGAUUCAAUUUCUAAUGGAGUUCCUUUGGAGGAUUUUGGGCAUGGUCAUCCAGAUCCUAACCUGACAUAUGCUAAGGAUUUGGUCAACAUUAUGUAUGGUGAAAAUGGACCUGAUUUUGGAGCUGCGAGUGAUGGUGAUGGUGAUAGAAACAUGAUUCUAGGUAGAGGUUUUUUUGUUACUCCUUCAGACUCUGUUGCAAUUAUUGCGGCCAAUGCACAAGAAGCAAUUCCUUACUUUCGAAGUGGUGCUAAGGGUUUAGCCCGUUCAAUGCCAACAAGUGGUGCCCUUGAUCGUGUUGCUGAAAAAUUGAGGCUUCCUUUCUUUGAGGUACCCACUGGUUGGAAGUUCUUUGGGAAUCUUAUGGAUGCUGGAAAGUUGUCAGUUUGUGGGGAGGAAAGUUUUGGAACAGGUUCUGAUCACAUCCGUGAGAAGGAUGGCAUUUGGGCUGUGUUGGCUUGGCUUUCAAUCAUUGCAUACCGAAAUAAGGACAAGAAACCAGGUGAGAAGUUGAUCUCUGUCUCUGAUUUGGUGAAGGAACAUUGGGCAACCUAUGGAAGAAACUUCUUUUCAAGAUAUGACUAUGAAGAAUGUGAAUCUGAAGGUGCCAACAAUAUGAUAAAUUACCUUAGAGAUUUGAUCUCUAAAAGCAAGCCUGGUGAAAAGUAUGGGAAUUAUGUACUCCAAUUUGCAGAUGACUUUACAUACACUGAUCCUGUUGACGGAAGUGUGGUAUCAAAGCAAGGUGUUCGAUUUGUUUUUACUGAUGGAUCAAGGAUCAUAUAUCGUUUAUCAGGAACUGGUUCUGCUGGUGCAACUAUUCGAGUUUACAUUGAACAGUUUGAACCAGAUGCUUCUAAACAUGAUGUGGAUGCCCAAACAGCAUUAAAACCAUUAAUAGAUUUGGCAUUAUCAGUAUCAAAGCUGAAGGACUUCACUGGAAGGGAGAAGCCUACAGUCAUCACAUAAAGCACAAUCUGAUAAUCCAUCUCACCCGCAUACCAAGUGCUGUGCUGGAGGCAGAUCGGCCCUUCUCUUGUUCUCCUAUCUCGAACUGUCAUACAUAUUCCUGCUGUCCAGUUUUGGUUGUCUGCUAGGUAAAUUAUCUAGCUUUGAGGAACGAAAUUCGAUUAUGUAAUAUAGUAUGUAAAGCUCAAGAAAUAGUGGAAUUUUACCUUGUUGCUCUAGUACAAAGUGGAGAACUGGUGUUCUCAUACAUGCACAAAGCAUAAAUGCAUCAGUAAGGUCUAAUAAAAACCUCUACACGAUGCCAUUCUACGUAAAUACCAUAAAAUCAUUUCCAUA